AAUAUUCAGAAUGUACGUUUUACUCAAACAUUUUUGCUAUUGAAACCAAGUUUAUGUGACUUGCAGUUGUUUAAAAACCACACACUUUUAUUUCGAAGAACUAGUACCAAAGCUGUUAGCAAUCUGGAUGCAGGACAGCAGAUAACGCUACGUUGCGGGUAAAGAUAAUGGAAUUAGCAUUAAAUGAUUAUUAAAGACAACGGUGGUUUCCGGUUUUAACAAGUUUGCUUUUCAAGUCUGCUGUCUGUGCAAAAGAAACCGGGCUGUUUCUCCCUCGGUGGCCGCGGCGGUGGGGACGAGUUAGCUGUAGCAUUCAUUCAGCUGCAGCCACAUCAGCACCGCGGGGAUUUAGCAGCCACCAAACAUGAUGCCAUCUUUGUGUGUCAGUGUUCGGUGCUGUCUUGCAGAGAUUGAAUCAUGGCAGACAGUAUCAUGAGCAAAGCUGCUACCAUGGAGAUCCCCAUUAACAGCAAUGGCGACACUGGGACUCUGCCAGAGGAUGACAGCCUGGAGCAGGAUUUGCAGCAGGUGAUGGUGUCUGGACCCAACCUGAAUGAAACCAGCAUUGUGUCAGGAGGCUAUGGAGGACCUGCAGGGGGCAUCAUUCCAACCAGCAGCAUCAAAGGGCCUGCAGUUCGCUUCAACCCUGAGUAUCUGGACAGAAGACGAGUCCCUGCACCAGGACCAGACAUUCGCAUGAAAUCCAGGGGUGCUGGCUUGCCUAAAAGCGCAUCUGCAGCCAGUCAACCUGCCCAGCACACAAUCCAGCAUCCAGAGUCCUCAAACAAUAACAUGGGUAUUCCCACUGAAGAAGUUUCUCGGGGUGUGGCAGUGGAGAAAUUGGACAGUGUAAAGAAAUGGGGCAUAAACACAUACAAGUGCACAAGGCAGAUGUUCUCCGAGAGGUUUGGCAGAGGUUCAAGAACGGUAGACCUGGAGCUGGAGGCUCAGAUUGACGUGUUAAGGGAGACCAAGAACAAGUAUGAAAUAAUCCUAAGACUGGCAACUGCACUCACCAGUCAUUUUCAAAGCAUGGUACAGACCCAACAGGCUCUAGGAGACACCUUCACCGAACUCAGCCAGAAGUCCCCAGAGCUGCAGGACGAGUUUGGGUACAACGCAGAGACACAGAAGCUGUUGUGUAAGAAUGGCGAGGCUCUGCUCAGCGCCAUCAACUUCUUUGUGUCCAGCGUCGACACCCUGGUCAACAAAACAAUGGAGGACACGCUGAUGACCGUUAAGCUGUAUGAAAACACAAGGCUUGAGUUUGACGCCUAUCGCUCUGAUCUGGAGGAGCUGAGUUUGGGCCACAGGGAUGCAGCGGCCAUGGUCCGCAUUGAGAUGGCUCAGCAUGAUUACCAGAUCCACAGAGACAAGUAUGAACGGCUGCGCAGUGACGUUAUGAUCAAGCUCAAAUUCCUGGAGGAAAACAAGGUGAAGGUGAUGCACAAGCAGCUGCUUCUGUUUCAUAAUGCAAUCUCAGCCUACUUUGCUGGCAACCAGGAGCAGUUGGAACAAACUCUAAUACAGUUCAAUGUAAAGUUAAAGCCCCCAGGAUCCGACAAGCCGUCCUGGCUGGAGGAGCAGUAAAGAGCGCUCAGGGUUCAGCAGUUUGACGUGUACGCGAAAAUCCUGACAUUGUACUUAGAUGGACAAGAAUGAAAUUCAUAAAGGAGUACAUAAAGGGAUCAAUUACGGUCAGUGGUAACGGAAAACAAGACUUCUGGUGUUUUUCAAAAUCCAGUAUUGACAGUACAACAAUUGUAGUACUAAGAUGUUUUUUUUGUUUUAUAAAAGGACCUUUGUUACUUAUUAUUUAGGUUGCACAAUCAUUUAAAUGACUAUGCCUUCUAAUUUAUGUACAGUAGAGUAUUGGUGGGAGAUCCAAUAGCAAUUUUGCACCUUAAUUUUAUUUUUUAUGUUGUCUAAAAUGUUACCUUCUAUUCCAGAGCAUAUCACCUUCCACAAAUCCGCUUAGUAAAUUAAAGGGAAAAUGUCAACAAUUGUAUGAAAUAUCCUCUGAAAUUGUAUUUAUUUUUCUCAAGCGUGCAUGACUUAAUCACAUUUUUCAAAAUUAGUUUUACAGAUUUAGAUCCAACACAUCAGGAUAUAGCCCAGUUUUUUUAAGUUACCCCACUUGCUUCUAAUAUUGCUUUGUGAUAUACCCUCUUGAAGGGUCAGUUUGUAGUUCACACACAUAUCAGGGAAAACUUAAAUAGUUAAUUUCUGUAACCAAAUUUAAAAAAAUAGUUUGAUCAAUAUAUAUUGUAAAGCUUGAUACUGUCCCAAUGAAUGCAGCAAAUUUAAAAAUGUCUCAUGUUUACUCCAAUUUACACAUGAAACAAGCCUCAAAAGCAGAUGUUACACUCACAGCAUCAAGCAAUGCAAACAUUUGCCUAUCAUAAAGAAAUCUACAUGCAACACACAGCAUGGUUGUUUUAUUUGGAGCCUGUGUAUAUCUAAACAACUUCAUUUUUGAAGUCUUAUAUUCAAAAACAGGAAUGGAACUACUUGAUCCAUGUGAUACCACAUACAUGAUACUAUUCAAAUUGCAGUGUCUUUGAGGACAGAAUGUAGACACAUAUUUUUCUUAUUCUUUUAUUUAUUCACCAUUGUGUUAGUGACUUAGCAUUAAUUGUUACGUACAUUUAUUUUCCAUUCAGUUCAGUAAAUUAUCUUCGUCUUCUUUUGCAUUUCCAAUAAAGUCUGCUGGAUGUUUUGUUUCA